CCUUCUCUUUCUCUCUGGUGUAUCGCGGCGGUGGGUCGAGUCGCCGCCGCUGCUGAUGCUGGUGUCUCCGGUCGGGCACGUUUAACGUUUCAUAUUUUCCCUUCAUAUUCAUAUCGUGCCCCGUUCCGCGUGCGGAAAGAUAAAGAUGGCAGCGGUGGCUCGUUUGGAGGGUCGCGAGUUUGAGUAUGUGAUGAAGAAACGCUCGGUGACGGUGGGUCGGAACUCGUCGCAGGGUUCGGUGGACGUGAGCAUGGGCCACUCGAGCUUCAUCUCCCGCCGGCACCUGGAGAUCUUCACCGCGGCGGCCGAGGACACGGGCUCGGGCCCGGGCGGAGGAGAGUUUUAUCUGCGCUGUCUGGGGAAAAACGGGGUGUUCGUGGACGGGGUGUUUCUGCGGCGGGGGGCGCCACCCCUGCAGCUGCCGAGAAUGUGCACAUUUCGGUUCCCCAGUACGAACAUCAAAAUCACGUUCACGGCACUGGCGAGCGUCAAGCGCGAGAAGAGGGAACCGGAGUCUCCUGUGAAAGUGGUUCAGCCACAGAUCUCCCCUUUAACCAUCAACAUUCCCGAUAACAUCGCUCACCUCAUGAGCCCCUUGCCCUCGCCCACCGGCACCAUCAGCGCUGCUAACUCGUGCCCGUCCAGUCCGCGGGGCGCGGGGUCCUCCGGCUACAGGCUGGGCCGAAUCGUGCCGGACCUGCAGCUCAUGAACGACAACUCUCAGUCCGAGAACGACAAGGAGGCGUCAGAAGGAGACAGCCCGAAGGACGACUCCAAGCCCCCGUACUCGUACGCUCAGUUGAUCGUGCAGGCGAUCACGAUGGCGCAGGACAAGCAGUUAACACUAAACGGCAUCUACACACACAUCACCAAGAACUACCCGUACUACAGGACGGCAGACAAGGGCUGGCAGAACUCGAUUCGUCACAACCUGUCCCUGAAUCGGUACUUCAUCAAAGUCCCGCGCUCGCAGGAGGAGCCGGGCAAGGGUUCGUUCUGGAGGAUCGACCCGUCGUCCGAGGGCAAGCUGGUGGAGCAGGCCUUCAGGAAACGCAGGCCGCGGGGCGUCCCCUGCUUCAGGACCCCGCUGGGACCCCUCUCGUCCAGGAGCGCCCCGGCGUCGCCCAAUCACGCGGGCGUUCUCUCCGCUCACUCCAGCGGUGUCCAGACUCCCGACAGCCUAUCACGCGAAGGCUCACCGGUUCCCAUGGAGCCCGAGCCCGCCUCGGCUCCUCCCCCUUCUGCUGCUGCUGCUGCUCAACCCAAACUAGCUGUGAUUCAGGAGGCCCGUUUUUCCCAGAACACCCCAGUGUCUCCCAUGAACACCCAGCCGGUCCUGAUCGCGGUCCAGCGCCCGAUGACCCAGUCGAUGAAGCCGGUGACGUACGCGCUGGCCACCCCCGUCACGUCCUCCACGUGUGCGCAGCCGCUGAUGCAAACAGUGCACGUGGUCCACCAGAUCCCUGCGAUGACCGUCAGUGCCCUGGGCGGAGCCAACCUGCAGAACGCCAUCAAGACAGAGCCGGUGGAGAACGGGGAGUACGAGGAGGUCAAAGUCAAGGUAGAGUCUGUUCCAGGCAUCACUCACGCCUCUAUAGGCUCAGCCAAUAGGAUCAUUCAGAGCAGCGCUGGAGCCACGCCCCUUCAAACGGUUACCAUAGUGCAACAAGCCCCAUUGGGUCAGCAUCAACUGCCAAUCAAAGCCAUCACCCAAAAUGGCACUCAUGUAAUGCCUAUUGCCACGGCAAUACAGAGCCAGGCUAACUCAGUGUCGAGUCCGUUACACAUGUUGGCCGCUCACGCCUCGGCGUCCGCCUCUCUCCCCACGAAGAGGCAGAACGGUGAAAACGCAAGCGAGCCGCCGGAGAGCAAACGAUUGAAAACCGAGGACGAAGAACAGAACAUCACCUCUGACGCGGACACGGACUCCACCAAGCAGCACGGCGGCCACAACUAGUCACCCAUUAAACACCACCACUUUCCCUCCUUCUGUUUUUCCUUUAUUUUUCCUUUUCCCUCUCAUCACGGUUUCUCUUCCAUCCAGCUCAUGGUGCCAAAACUGAAGGCUUUCAGGCUGGACAACCGCUGUUAACCUUUUCAAGUGAAGCAAAAAUCAAAUUCAAACGUCAAAAAAAAGAAAAGAAAAACCAAACGCAUAAAAUAGCGUCCGUCACUGUUGUAAUAUGUUGAUGUUUUUGGUUUUCCGUUAUAUGACUCGAGCCUGAUUGAACAAGAACUCGCACCCCGAAACACAAGAGCAACUGCCAUCUGGUCCGUAACUGGGCAUUUUAUUACAGACUUUCACAGACCCUGCAGAUGUCGUCCGAUCGGAGGCGUUUGAUUCUCCUCUUGGGAGUCACGGUCAUAUUUAGCAUCUCGCGGCCAAAAUUGGAAUCAUCUUUAAAAAAAAAAAAAGAAAGAAUGCACUCUCUCCCGGAUGUUUUGCGACGUGCGAUGCCCUCCGGAUGUGCAGAUGUUGGUCCCCUCUGGGCCGUCGGAACCCGAAAGAUUCUAGAACCUCCGGAACCCUUGUGUUGUUCACAGUAGACUGAGAAUUCCAGAACUCUGGAUCUCUGACAGCGGAACACGGGCUUCCAUCCAACAUUCCAAAGUUUGCCAUUCCGAUUGUGGAAGGCCAAGAGGAUGUCCUGGAAUGGAAUUACACACCAUGAACCACAAAUAGGUUGUUGUUUUUGUUCUUUUUUUUUUAUAUAGUGCGUUCUAGGGCUGUAUGUGGAGACUGUCUUCAGCCAAAGGGAUCAAAAUAUUCCGAAACACAUCACAUAUUCCUAAACUUUCGGCAGCUAGCCUGACAGGAUCCCCCCCCCCCCACAAUCCCCUGCAGUUGUCGUAGUGGAUAAUAUGCAGUAUUUUGUCGUUCAUACGUGGAGCGUAGGAUCUGGGUGUGUUUUCAUUUCUAGAGACGUUUUAAAAAGUAAUAAUAACAAUAACUAUAUAUAUAUAUAAGCAGCAGCAUACGAGCGGAAGAGGACGUGGGACGCCUCGUCUCUUUUCUGCUCUGCGAAACUAAGCGUAGUUUCUUUUCUAAGAUGGAGAAAAGUGUAUUAAUGGAGUAUUUCCUUCCUAUGUUUUUCCUUUGUUUCUUUUUUAAAUCUGAGCAAAACCGGCUUUGUUACUCUGACAUAUUUUCAUACAUGCGGACGUGUCAUUUCCAUGUGUAGUCGAACUGUUCUCAUCCAGCUUGCAUGUACCGGACUAGACAAACAUACCUGAUCCGGCGGUUUAAACGUAAUCCAGAAGAAGAAUUAAAAAACAUAAGAAUCGGACCAGAUCUGCACUUGAUUAGACUCCUUUUGUUUUCUUUGUUUUGUUCCCUUUUGUUUUUAGGCUGUAUUGGUGUAGGCCGAUUGUGUCUGCUUUAAUGAUUUGAUUCUGGUCAGGCCCACGAGUCUGACUGAUUAUAUAUGUUUCAAACAAAAGCAAAAAAAAAAAA